AUGUCUUCGAGUCGUGUGGAUAGCAGGAAGAACCAAACAUUUCAUGAUUACGUAAUGUUGCUUCUUCCACAUCUGGAGAAGUCACUAUCUGAUCCUUUUUGUCGAUUAGUUCUUAUCACCUUUAACAUCAUGGUCAAACUGAUUCACAACAUAAAGUACAUUCAGAUUGUUCGAUUGGCUAAUGUGAGGUUGAUUUCGACUGGCGGCUCACUAUUGGCCAAAGUGGACCCGAAACCUCCUCGCACUUCCAAUUUCAUACGAACUUCCUUUCAUCCAGACGAGGAGCUCAGAAUCAAAGAAAGAUCUCUUGCAAUUGAAGGCGUGGUUGAUCUAACUCAGGGUAGCGAGAAGUUUUUGGAGAAUCCUGAGGACAAUUAUAAGCAACUUCCAGAAGAUUCGGAUUUUAUAGAGAAACACUACGACGAACUCAAGUACUAUAGAAACCUUUUGAAGAAACCUUUCAACAGUUACAAGAACGCAAAUGACCUGCUCAGGGAUCUAUAUAAAAUCGAAGAAACUGAUCCGGUUGCCGCUACUGUACCAAAAACCCAAGAGACGGCGGAAACAACUGAAGCCGAAUCUAAACUAAGUCAAUUUGAGAAGUUCAUCUCUUAA